AUGGAUGUGUUCAUGAAAGGACUUUCCAAGGCAAAGGAGGGAGUUGUAGCAGCAGCAGAAAAAACCAAGCAGGGUGUGGCAGAGGCUGCAGGAAAGACGAAAGAAGGCGUCCUCUAUGUGGGUUCCAGGACCAAGGAAGGAGUUGUUCAUGGUGUCACAACAG